AGGAUCGAACACUCACCGAAUACAACAUCCCCAUCAUCGCCAACCACCGCCAGCGCUCCGUCAGUCAUGCCACAACCACAACAAGCACAACAUUCAAUACAUCUGCACUCUCCGGGUCUGUUGCCAGUACAGCAACAAGCGCCACCGCAUCCCCAUGCGGUGAAUGCUCCACCUCCAGCACUUAAUC